UGCCCACCGGUGCGCCACAGAACGUGGCCGUGCAGGCGACCACGGCCACCCAGCUGGAUGUCACCUGGGAACCGCCACCCGCCGAGAGCCAGAACGGGGACAUCCAGGGCUACAAGAUCCACUUCUGGGAAGCCCAGCGCCAGAACGAGAGCGCGCGGGUGAAGACGAUGGAGGCAGGGAAAGGGGCCAGCUCGGUGCAGGGGGUGUCCCCUGAGAGCGCUGAGCUGGCCCUGACCACCCCACUCCUCACAGCCCCCAGUGCCCCUGGCUCCAUCCGGUUCAGUGAGCUGACCACCACCUCGGUCAACGUGUCCUGGGAGCCACCGCCGCUGCCCAACGGUGUCAGUAAGAUCGUGACAGUGGAUGUGAAGGGGAACAGCCCGCUGUGGAUGAAGGUGAAGGACCUGGCCGAGGGCGUGACGUACCGGUUCCGAAUCCGGGCCAAAACCUUUGCUUAUGGUCCAGACGUUGAGGCAAACAUCACCACGGGGCCUGGGGAAGGUGCCCCCGGCCCCCCAGGUGAGCCCUUCAUCUCCCGCUAUGGCUCAGCCAUCACCAUCCACUGGUCGAGCGGAGACCCUGGCCAAGGGCCCAUCACCAGAUACGUCAUCGAGGCCCGUCCUUCAGAUGAGGGACUCUGGGACAUCCUCAUCAAAGACAUCCCCAAGGAGGUGACCUCCUACACCUUCAGCAUGGACAUCCUCAAGCAGGGGGUCAGCUACGACUUCCGCGUCAUCGCCGUGAACGACUACGGCUAUGGGACCCCCAGCACACCUUCCCCCUCUGUGUCAGCCCAGAAAGCCAACCCCUUCUACGAGGAGUGGUGGUUCCUGGUGGUCAUUGCCCUGGUGGGGCUCAUCUUCAUCCUCCUGCUCGUCUUCGUGCUCAUCAUCCGUGGGCAGAGCAAGAAAUAUGCCAAGAAGUCAGACUCAGGGAACGGCUCCAAGGCGACGGCGCUGAGCCAUGGUGAGAUGGUGAGCCUGGAUGAGGGCAGCUUCCCCGCCCUGGAGCUCAACAACCGUGCCUAUCCCUCCAUCAUGCGCUCACCACAGGAUGGGCGCAGGGCUGGGGAGGGCUGGCACCCCGCGGGGUGA